AUGCCUUGGUGGCUGAAGAGCAAGGGGACAAUCCACCCCAGCAAGAUGCAGACGUCAAUGUCGAGUUCCAUGGCGUCUCUCUCACCCUCUCAGCUCAAUGCUGCCAUUAUGGACAUGCUCAACGUAAACAAUACAGGAAACAGAUGUCAAAAUGCGUGUAGAGGAGAUCCUAUUACUACGGCUGGACAGCGUAAUCAGAUGAUUAAAAUGUUGGCCAUUAUUCUGAUUCCUGUGCUCAUCUUGGUAGGGCUGACAGGCAAUUCGUUUGGUACCACGCUCAACAAUUACCUCUACUCUAACACAAUACGAUCAACACUCUUGUUCAGUUUAGACAUGGCUUACAUGAUACGUGCUCUGCAGCGCGAGCGUGAUGGCAGUGCCCUCUACUUGAGUUCCAUCAGACCGGAAACGAAAGGAUUUCUGUUAGAGCGUUACCAGGAUACUGACGAGGCUGUUCAGACUUUACCCUAUUGGCCAACAUCGCUUAGCAGUACCAGACCCGAGUUCGAAUCCAGUGAAACCUUUCUGAAAACGCUAAAUAGACAUAGAUAUGAGCUGGACACACUACAAGUGACAUUCCACGAUGAAUUGAUCACAUAUUCCGACUGGAUAGAAGUAUUUAUUAAAUGGUUUUACAAAUCUAUAACAGAAGCAAGGGCAGAAAAGGUAUGGAAGGCUUUCGUAGCUUACCAAGAGUUACUUGUAGCCUCCGAAUACCUCGGCAGAGAGCGAGCUAUGGGCGUUAUCUUCUACACCCUGGGGGAAUUCCCGACCAGAGAGGAGUAUUUAUACUUUGUCGAGAGUCAAGACACAUCAAACGCCUCGUUCGCCGCAGCGCGGCAGUAUUCUCAGAUCGCAAAGGAGAUAUAUGAUGCUAAAAUUAAAGAAAAUCCUGAAAUUAUGAAAACAAUAAAAAAUAAGCGCGCCGAAAUCAGAUCCCGAAACACUGGAGCAGACGACAAUACAGUAGGGUCCCUAGAUGAGGCUAAAUAUUGGUUUGAAAAUAUGACAUACUUCCAGGAUAUAAUCAAGGAGGCCCAAGUAACGUUAGCUCUGACUAUUGACGGUUUAUUAGAGGCCCGACAGAAAACGGAUCUGACAAAUAUCGUCAUCAUCUGCAUCAUCUUCAGCGCUGUUCUUAUCCUUUGUCCAAUCAUUAUCUACGCCGUAUACAGUCUUACAGUCGAAAUCCAAAGAUGUUCUAUUCACAUCGCCGACAGAACAAAAGCCUUGAGUAAGGAGAAGAAACGUACAGAUACACUGCUGUAUCAGAUGUUGCCGCGUCAGGUUGCUGAACAACUAAAGCAGAACCAGGAAGUGACUACAGAAGAGUUUGUGCAAGCGACCAUCAUGUUCAGUGACAUCGUUGGCUUCACACAAAUCUCUUCCAGGAGUUCACCGCUUCAGAUAGUUGAGAUGCUGAACACCAUUUACUCUUGCCUUGAUGACCGGAUAGAGCUCUAUGAUGUUUAUAAAGUUGAAACAAUUGGAGACGCUUACCUUGUUGUUUCUGGUGUGCCAAAUCCUAACGGAAAGCUUCAUGCUUCUGAGAUUGCGUCACUUUCAUUGGAUAUUCUGGAACACGUGAACCGGAUGGAGAUUCCGCAUAUUCCCGGAACUUACGUCAGACUUCGUAUUGGUUGUCAUAGUGGUUCCGUGGUAGCGGGUGUGGUGGGAACAAAGAUGCCACACUACUGUGUGUUCGGAGAAGCCGUCAAUGUGGCAUCUAAAAUGGAAGCACUAGGAAAACCUUGUAAAAUACACCUGAGUGAAACAACAGCGAACAUUUUAACAGAACUUGGGGGUUUUGUUCUGCGCCAGAGAGAGAAUUUCCAAGAAAAGAAUGAUCAUGACUUGAUGAUGGCAUUUAAGGGAAAUGUACGUACCUACUGGCUUAUCAGUAAGGAGGGGUUCGCUCCACUGGAUUCAGAUCAUUCAGUCCAAGAUAUUGCAGAACUAGAUAAAGUUCUUGAAGAUGGUGCGGGAGGACCUGUGACACCUGGCAGCGCAUCUAUGACAUAA